CAGAUAUCUUAAAAUUAUGUAAAAAGACCCAAACUAUAUAAGAGAAGAAACUCUAACUCUCUCUAUUCAUCUUCUUCUCUUCACUUUCAGACUUCUUUUUUCACUCUCUCUCUCUCUCACAGUCACGAAAUGUCUCUCAAAUCCCGUCUCGGAAAAGGAGAAAACCUCUACGGUUUGUUCCUCCUCUCCCUCUCCCCAGAGAUCGCCGAGAUCGCAGCUCUCUCCGGAUACGACUUCAUCAUCGUCGAUCUGGAGCAUGGCGCAGGAGGAAUUCGCGAAGCUCUCAACUGCAUCCGCGCCAUCGAAGCUGCUGGUUGUUCAUCCGUGGUUCGUGUCCCCGACAUCAGUCAGGCUUGGGCCAAAAAAGCCCUAGAUCUCGGAGCCGGCGGGAUCAUGUUCCCGAUGGUGGAGAAUGGAAGAUCUGCCUCCGAUGCGGUGUCGUUUUGCCGGUACCGUCCUGACGGGGUUCGAGGAUGUGCUUACACCGUUGUGAGAGACUCGAAAUUCGGGUUUGACCAAGCUUAUUUGGCUAAUUACGUUGACGACCUUUUGGUCAUGUGUCAGAUAGAAUCUGAGGAAGGUGUGAAGAAUGUAGACGAGAUCGUAGCCGUUGAUGGGAUGGAUUGUGUGAUGAUGGGUCCACGUGAUCUGAGCGCGAGUUUGGGCCUUCUUCACGACCCGAGUAACCCGAAGGUGAAGUCAGCGAUGAGGACGGCGGAGACAGCGGUGCUGGCUUCUGAUCCGGUGAACGGAGGAGCUUAUUUGGCAGGGAUGGCUUCGGCUCAUGAUACCUCUAAGGAUCUCUGGUCACGUGGCUAUCACAUCGUUCUUGGCUCAGCUGACGUGUCGUUGUUCAAGAAGGCGGCCGUUGAUGAUGUCAAGGCGAACAAGAAGGCGGCGGUGGUUGGCGUCGAAGGAGUUUAGGGUUUAGGCUUCGAUAUGAAACCGGAGAUUAGAGGAGUAAUUCAAGACUUAUGCUAUUAUCAUCUUUCUUCAGUGAACUAUGUUUGGAUUGGAUGUUGUUUAUUUUAUUAGAAUGCAUGUCGUUUGGAUAAUUCAUGACUUAAAGUAUUGUCGUUUACUU